CCAAACCGGGAGCCGAGCGGAAGCGGCGUGCGCCUGCGCGCCGGAGCGCUGCUGUCUGCGGCAACCUCAGCCGGUCGGUCCGGGUCCGUAUGGGCUGCGCUCGCCUUCCGGAGCUCAAGCGUGACGAGCCGGCUGCGAGGCGACCGAACCAGCUUCACGUCGAUCCGCAGCCAGACUGCAGGAGCGGGAGACCCUUCGGACAUGCCCUGGGAGACUGACCUGGUGUUCGAAAAGCAAACACAGUGCAUCUUGUUGACAUUCCUUAAGACAAGGAAGUUUGAAAAUCGCAUCCUUGAGGAAGAGAUUUCUAAAUUAGAGAAAGAAGUCCGAGAAGAAUUAGCGCCGGACGAUGAUAUUCAGACCGAUGGACACUGCUGUUCUUUAUCUUCGCGUUCGGCCAUAGAGUUUGAAGCUCCUAUUGAUGAAGAAUUGUACAGAGACAUAGGUGAACGCUUAGCUCAAAUGGGAGAUAGGUUGGAACAAGACAUUAAUCCUCAUGUGGUUGAACAAUUUAUCCACGCAAAUGAAAGACCUCGGUCCCAAGAGGAUGAAACUACAACUUUGUCAGUCAUAAUUAACGGCUUGACCGAUCAAAGGACCACUGUUGUUCAAGAUAUGCCACGGGAGAAAGGUGUUCUGUUACUGACACUUUUGCUGUUAGAAAAGACUGUAUUGGAGCAGCCUCGAUUGCUUCCUCGCCUAUUCAGAACCACUGUACAGUAUAUAACCACAAAGCUUCAAGGUUACAUUCAGAAUAUAGGAGGAUGGGACCACUUGAAUUGAAACUACAUGCAAGAGGAUAACAGUUCUACUUGAUGGUUUUCUCCAUGUUUAAACUUGUUUACAUUGCAAUUGCCAUUUUAUUUGAAUAAUAGCAAAAUUAAAUAAUAAAUUUACAACAGUUAUCAGCGACUUAGCCGAAGACUUAUUGAUUUUAAAAUUACUGGUAACUGGAAAAGUUUUACAGGCUUUUUUUUAAAGAAAAAUUCUCAUUAUUAAAAUCUCUUUUAAAUGUAUAACUUUAAAAGUCUAUUCCCUUACUAAAGUGAGUUUGAAGGAUCUUAAUGAUAUUUCUUGUAUUACGUAUGUCAAAGUGUAGUAAAACUCCAACAAUUCACUAUCUAGUUACUUGGGAAUUCCAAUUGCUUUGUUCCUGGUUGGCUCCGCCUUUAAGUUUUUUAGAUUCCCUGGAAAAUUUAUGAUUGUGCAACAUUUUAAUGUGUCGCAAUAUUAAAACUAAAAUCUUCUAUGGUAAGUCUACCCAUCCAGAACAAUUAACGUCUCAAAUGUGCCAGAAUAAUGGAGUUUUACUGAAAUAACUGAACAAGAAAUGUUGAACUUGUUUACUGUAUAGCUUUUGAAUUUAACAGAUGUCAUUUGCAACUUGAGUUUUCUGUGACUUAACGAAAUAAAACAUUUAGCAAAUA